AGAGAGCACAAGCCCCUAACCUCUCUCUCUCUCUCUCUCUCUCUUUCUAUCUCUCUCUCUGUUUGCGCGCGUCGUCCCCAACCUCGCUAAUUUCGACCUAGGGGUGUUGGAGGAGGGAUUAGGCGAUGGAUCAGAAGAGGAAGGAGCUAUUCCGAGCGAAGCUGAGAGAAUCCGCGCAGAAGCGGGAGAAGCGCAUCGAUUCACCUCUUGUAAGGUAUAAUGAAUUCGAUCAGGCUGUUUGCAAAGUGUGCAAUUUCACUUUGAAAUCUGAAUCACAUUGGCCUGCGCACCAGGUCUCGCGAAAGCAUCAUGAGGCUAUUGAGAAGUUAAGAGCUGCCGCUGCUGCUUCUGGAGUGGCUCGUGGCAAUAGUGUAAAUCAGGAACAACCAACAGAGGUGCAGAAGACAAGGCCAUCUUCGACGCUACCUGCAGAUUUUUUCGAGAAUAAAGAUUCAAAAAAGCAAAAGAUUGAUGCUAGCGCUGAAGAAAGGGCCCGAUUUGCCAGCUCACAAGUUGAGCCUAGAAGUCAAGAAGUAUCUCCAUCUUCAAGCAGCUUGUUGGAACGGACCCACUCUGUGACAAAGACAAAUGAGCUUGCUGGUGUUUAUACUAAAGAAACGCAAGGACCUCAAAACAGACCCACUACCAAACUGGGUGAGACAUCAAGAAAGACAGACGGUAAGGAAGCCAAGCAGGGCAGGGGAUCUCUUCCCGAGACUUUCUUUGAUGGCACGAAUAGAAGUGAAAAUCAAAAUGCUAAACUGCUUAAGCAAACAGCAGUAGAAGACGUUAGUUCUGAAAGAAUGCCGCUGAAGAAUGCUCUUCCUGACGGCUUCUUUGAUAAGCAGUUUGACCAGGCUAAUGAAGCAUCAAGUUCAGCCAACGCUGUGGAAGCUAAGCAAGUUAAAGGAGCACUUCCAGAAGGCUUUUUUGAUAACAAAGAUGCGGAUCUCCGUGCCCGUGGCAUUAAACCUGUGAAAAUUGACGUCGAUGAUGCAUACAAAGAAUUCGAAAAGGAAAUUCAGGACAACUUGCGGGAAGUUGAUGAUCGGCUUGAAGAAGAAGAGAUUGGUGCUGCUGAGGAGAGGGAGGAAUAUUUGAUCCUAGAACAAAGGGAAUAUAGGGAGAAUGUGGAUAUGGUGAAGCAGAAGCUCGUGGAGGUAAAAGCUGCGAAGAUUGCAAGAGCUAAGCAAAAGCCUGCGGUUGUUACUAAGGAAUUGAGUGAUGAAUCCUCGAGUGAUGAAGGUGACGACGAUGAUGAGAUUUUCUCUAUGGACUGGAGAGCGCAGCAUUUGUAGAAGCAAUGUAAGGUGAUGCACAACUAUGGUUGCUGCUUUCUUCGUUUGGACGCUGUUUCUCAUACUUGUUGCUGGCCAUUUUAUUGUUUGGAAAAGUGAACACGAGAUUUAGCUUUUGUAAUAAUCAUAUUGCCCAUUACAAAUGUUUAUAGAGAGUGUUAAGAGUGUUAGCGUUAAUGUCGUAGUGGAUGGAGAUGGAAGGAUUUGCACCGAUGGAGCUUCCUCUGAAGUGUUAGUUGAGUAAAGUUGCUCGAAGUAGGAUAACAGUUUUUGUAAUUCAAAUUUAGAGAACAGCUUUUUAUUGUAGCAAAAACGUAGUUCAAAUUACAGCUUCUAA